UCAAACUGGAGUGAUUCAGCAAAACCUGGCGCGAGUUCUAGUUCCCUGCGUUCGAUCUCUCGAAACCCUAGACAAGAUUUUUCUCUCUACACUAGAAAGCCCGGAAGGAAUCGAGAAAUGCAAGUCUAGUAACACCCAGAUUGAGAAAUUUUAAGCAAUGGAUGAAAAUAGGCGCGUCUUGUGUUCGGAAAACGAAGAAUUGGCAAAGUACAUGUUGCAGAAGAAGCAAGAAUUGGCCGAGAAACCAAAAGGGUUAUCAGAGAAUAUUGAACAGACACUGGCUAAGGCUUAUAAGAAUGUUUGCGAUGAGCCUAAUCCGAUAAAAACUCUGAAAGACCUCUCGCACAUCAAGGGUGUCGGGAAGUGGAUUUUAAAGCUGAUGCGAGGGCAUUUUGAUACUGGUUCUGGAAGUUCUGAAUCAGAAGAUAUAACCAAAAAGGGUAAAAAAACCAAAGGAACCAAACGAUACAUACCCCAAAAAAACUCUGUUGCAUAUGCAUUAUUGAUUUCCUUGUACAGGGAAACUUUGAAUGGAAAGGAAUUUAUGCGUAAGCAAGAGCUUAUUGAUGCAGCUGAAGCAAGUGGGCUUUCUCGGGCUUCAAUUGCGUCAGAAAAAGGAAAAGGGAAACCUGUGCAAUUUGGAAUCUCCGCUAGAGACUGGUAUACUGGAUGGAACUGCAUGACAAAAUUGAUAACUAAAGGAUUAGUGCUGAAAUCAAGUUGCCCUGCAAAGUACAUGCUGACGGAGGAAGGCAAGGAAGUGGCACGUGAAUGUCUCAUGAGAUCUGGUUUGGUUGACCCCAUAGGAAAUUUUCCUAGCAAAGAAGUGGAUCCUGAAGUGGAAAAUCAUAACUUAUCAGAUCUGGAUUUUUUCCCUUCUGAUUCAUCUAGGGGAGUGGGUUUGCAAUUGGUUGGCUCGAGGAGGCAGAAGAAAUCCAUUGAUAUUCCACAUGAUUCUAUUGAGAGGUUUACACGGAUGGGAUACUCUAAGGAGCAAGUUCUCCUUGCAUACAGUGAAGUUUCAGAAACUUCUGAGAGUGAGGAUAUAUCAUCAGUUUGGCUGGCAGUGAUGUGUCGUCUCCGAGAAAAUGAAGUUUAUAAUUUGCACUCAGAGUCUCAAAAUUUGGCAAAGGAUUGCCAAGUAACUUCAGAAUCUCAGAUAUUUAGACACGGUCAGGUAGAUCCUGCUGGCAGUCAAAGUAAUCAAUCAGGCUUGACUUGUAAUGGUGGAAAGGCUCCAAAUUUCUGCUCUGCUAGUGCCAAUCCAAAUUUGUUUGACUUAAGACCAUGCUUGUCCUCUGUACGUCUGCUUAUCUACAUUUUUAAAGUAGCUCUUUUCUUGGCUAACGGAGUCCAUAACGUACUGUUUGCCACUCAGGGGUCACGGUCAAGGAGAAUUGUUGAAAACAUUUCCUCUGAAUUCAAAAUAAAAGUAAUGGUUAGGCGGCUACCUGUCGGUGAUGGAAUCUGGAUAGCUCGCCAUAAAUAUCUUCACUCAGAGUACGUGUUAGAUUUUAUUGUUGAGAGGAAGAGAGUUGAUGACUUGCGCUCAUCAAUCAGAGAUAACCGCUAUAGGGAUCAGAAACUGAGAUUGCUGAGAUCUGGACUUAAGAAGCUGAUAUAUAUUGUUGAAGGCGACCCAAAUUCUUCUGAUGCUGCUGAAAGCAUUAAAACAGCUUGCCUUACAACGGAGAUUUUGGAGGGAUUUGAUGUGCAGAGAACUAGUGGUUUGGGUGAUACCUUAAGGAAGUAUGGCUUUCUUACUCAGGCAAUAACUCAAUACUACAGAUCCCACCUACUUGAGGACCAACCAAAGAGCAUAGGGGUCUCUCCCCUCUUUGAUGAAUUCAUCAGACGGUGCCAUGAUCUGGAUAAAGUGACAGUGAGUGAUGUUUUUGCUGUUCAGCUUAUGCAGGUUCCGCAAGUAACGGAGGAUAUUGCCAUAGCUGUUUUGAAUAUGUACCCAACACUAUCAUCUCUUGCCUGUGCUUACUCUCUUCUUGAGGGCGACGUUUCUGCGCAAGACGAAAUGCUAUGGAAACAGAGCAACGGUUUGGUGAGUUCAACUGCUAGUAAGAAGAUUUUCCAGUUGGUUUGGGGUGAUUAACUAUCGAAGAACUUGUUUGCCGUUGAUGGAUAUAAAAGCUGAAUAAUGAUUUGAAUGCUCACUUUCCGGUGGAGAAAGAAGAUAGCCAACUUGGCGGAAGCCUGCUAUACUACUGGAGAACUUGAAUCGUAUGAACUACCUGUUCAUGAACAAUUUUGUAGUAUCCAUUUCUAUGGUAUGAAUGUUGUAUACUUGUAUGUGCUAGACAAAUCCAUUACAGCAUAAUCUAUAGAGAACAAGCACUGCAAAAUCUAUCAUCCAAA